AUGGAUAAUCAAAAUAAUAAUAAUGCAUUGGCAAAUGGUGAUAGUCAAUUUACGAUGCCAAAAGUUAUAGAUUAUCUACAAAAUGAAUGGUUAAAAUUUGAAGUUGAUAGAGCACAUUGGAUAUCUGAAAAGGCAGAAUUAACAAAUCGUAUAUUAAAAUUAGAAUCAGAAAGAAAAUUAUUUGAAUCACAUAAAUUCGAUUUAUGUAGAAGAGUAAAGAUGUUAGAAUAUGCAUUACAACAAGAAAGAUUAAAAAAUAAUUCAUUAUUACAACAACAACAAAAGGUUAUAGAAAAAGUAGAAGAGGAAGAAGAGGAAGAUGAUAAAAUACCUAAAAAUAGAGAACCACCAAAGAAAUCAAAAGAUAAUACAACUAGAUUAAUCAUUAGAAAAUAUUUAAGAGAAAUGGGUUAUAACGAUUUAAUUGUUUCAAAAUCUUUACAAACUGAAUUUGAAAAUGAUUCUCAAAAUAUCGAUAAUGAUACAACUAAUACAAUUGAUGAUACAAAUGACACAACUGUAAAAACAAUAUUAAAUUUAAAAGAUAUUAAUAAUAAUAAUAGUAAUAAUAAUAAUAAAAAUCAAACUACAACUACAACCACAACAUCACCAUCACCAUCACCAUCACCAUCAACAUCAACAUCAACAUCAACAUCUUCAAAUAAAACAGAUAAUACAACAACAACAACAACCAAUGGUAAUGGUUAUAAUAGUAAUACGAUAAUAUCACCACCAUCAUCAUCAUCAUCAUCAUCAUCAUCAUCAUCAUCAUCAUCAUCACAAUCACAACCACAACCACAAUUACAAUCAUCAUUGAGUGAACUAAUAAAUAAUACAACAGAUUUAUCACAAUCAUUAGAUUCACUAUCAUCAGCAUCAUCAGGUUAUGAAUAUGAUUCAUUAUUAGAUAAUUUAAAACAAUUAGAUAACAGUAGUGUUAGUAGUAAUAGUGGUAAUAAUAGUAUCAACAGUAGUAGUGAUUCAUUAGAUACAUCAAAACAAUCACAAGAAGACCCAAACAAUGUAACAAUAUCAAAACAACAACAACAAGAACAACAACAACAACAAGAAUCGGAUGAACAAUCAUUCAAUUCAUUUAAUGAAGAUAUAUUUAAUAAAUUAACAGCAAAUUCUAAAGGUAGAAUGAAGAUAAAAGGUUUAGGUAAUUUAAAGAAUUAUAAGAAGGAACAUAUGGGUGAAGAAGGUAAUUUAUCAUUACCAGAUCAAAAUACUGAAGAGAAAUCAACACCAACAACCAAAUCAUCAUCAUCAUCAUCAUCAUCAUCAACAGGUAGUACUAGAAAGAAGAAAUCAUCAUCAUCAAGUUCAUCAGGAUCAUCAUCAUCAAAUUCAAAUACAAUGAAUUCAGAAUUAAUGGGAUUAGGAGCAUCAGAUUUAAAUGAUAUCACAUUGGAUGAUGGAUCAAAGGGUGGUAAUGAUUCAGCGGCACCAAGAGUUUGGAAAUUUAAACAUUCAUUGAAAUCACAUUUCGAUGGUGUACGUUCAAUCCAAUUCCAUCCAAAUGAGCCAAUAAUGAUAUCGGCAUCAGAGGAUAACUCUAUAAAGGUUUGGAAUUUGAAUCAUUUAGUUCCAACAAAGAAAUCACCUUCACCAGAGAUUGAACCACUUUACACUAUUCGUGGUCAUACUGGUCCAGUGUUUACAAGUGAAUGGAAUCAAAUCAAUGGCGAAUACUCAAAUUAUCAAUCAUUCUUUAGCGCUGGUUAUGAUAUGAUAAUUAGACAAUGGUCAUUGCCUUCAUCAGAUAUCGAUUCCUAUCUUCAACAUGGUAAAAUACUUCCAUACUUGGAGAAAGAGUUUAUAGGUGGUCAUCAAGAUGGUAUUUGGGAUCUAUUAUCUAUACCAAACACACCAAAUCUUUUGUCAUCAUCUGCUGAUGGUACUGUUUCACUUUGGAAUACAACAACUAGUGAACAAUUAUAUACUCUCCAACAUAGCAAUGGUUUAUCAUAUAUUCCAACCUCUAUAGCAUUACCUGCAACUGAAAAUAAUAGAAAACUUUUAACUUCUUAUAAUGAUGGUUCAAUAUUAUUAUUUGAUUUAGAAACUCAACAAAUUAUAUCACAAUUAAAACAAGGUAGUAGUAAUAAUAAUAAUAAUAAUAAUAAUAAUAGUCAAAUUAAUAAAAUUGUAUCACAUCCAUUUAUGCCAUUAGCAAUGACUGGUUCUGAAGAUCAUAAAAUUGAAUUUUUCGAUCUAAAUAGUAAUACCGUUGUUCAUUCUAUGAUCGCUCAUUCAAAUUCAAUCUCAUCUUUAACAAUCGAUCCAUCUGGACUUUAUAUUGCAAGUUGUGCUCAUGAUUCCUCUAUUAGGUUUUGGGAUAUCUCUUCAAAAACUUGUAUUCAAGAUUUAAAUUCUCAUCGUCCAAAAUAUGAUGAAUCAAUUCAUUGUAUAAAAUAUCAUCCAAAUAAAGGUUAUUUCGCUUCUGGUGGUGCAGAUUCAGUAAUUAGAAUAUUAAAUUAA